GGUCGCUUUCCACCGAGGAUGCAUUACCAGGCCACUCCCGACAGCCGACCUACCCCUCAUUUUCCAAGGUCUCACCUUGCUGAAGCAGUUGCCAAAGCCAAGGCAGGUGGAAGCGGUGGUGGAAGCACUGGUGGAACUGGGAGAGGUCUUGUAGGGCAGAUUAUCCCUAUAUAUGGAUUUGGCAUCUUCUUAUAUAUCCUGUACAUUUUAUUUAAGCUGGCUUCCAAGGGGAAAACUACUGCUGGAGAGAGGAAAUGCCCUACUGCUGCACCUGGAAACAUGAAGAGGAAAAUCACUGACUAUGAACUCACUCAACUCCAGGAAAAACUGAGGGAGACAGAAGAAGCUAUGGAAAAAUUAAUCAACAGAGUAGGACCUAACUGUGAGAGGUCUCAAAAUGUUACAACAGACCAGGAGAAAAGGUUACUUCAGCAGCUCCGAGAAAUUACUAGAGUUAUGAAAGAAGGAAAAUUCAUAGAUGGCAACUCGCCCGAGAAGGAAGCUGAAGAAGCUCCUUACAUGGAGGAUUGGGAAGGUUAUCCGGAAGAGACCUACCCUGUCUAUGAUAAUUCUGACUGCUUCAAGAGGAAACAGGACACAAUCCUGGUAGAUUACCCUGACCUGAGCCAGCCCUCCGCAGAAGAGCUGGCAGAGAGAAUGGAGGGCAUGGAAGAUGAGGAGCUUCUGUGCAAUGAAACCCUGCUAUCUGAUCUCAUCAUGGGAAUGGGCAGUCAUGCUUUAAUGCAGAAAAAGGACGAGGUAACUGGCAUCAGUGAAGAGGAGAGGGACCUUCAUCACAGCCAAAGCACUGAGGAGUGCUGCUGUUGUUACGAGGAUGACGAUCCUGCUGUCAUAGCAGAGAAUGCUGGAUUUCACUCUGAGAGCUGCAGCGAAGCAGAAGAGUCAACCCAAGAGGAUCUGUCUGUGGAAUCAGAAAAUGAAAAUGCAGCACUGAAAAAGCAAAAAGCCAGUGAUUCAGACGAAACAGGCACACUGAGAAAGCGCAACACGAAAGGACUUGAGUAACAGGGACCA